AUGUCAGGGAAAUUUAUCGUGGUGUUCGCACUGCUGGUUGUACUGCUGCCACCCUCUGCAGCCGGAGAAGAUAAAGAGACUCAUCUACUACAGCAGCUUCUAGCAAAGAGGGAGGGAGCGAGAGGCUUGGCAGGCAGACAGGAGCCGGCGCCUCAGGCUCCCUCAGCACGGAUGGAGAGACGGGCACACCUAUCGGAGGACGAACGGGAAAUUAUGACCAAACAAAUAAUGCAAGCAAUCUCAGGGAUGAUGAACUCUGAGUGCAUGUCUGAUCGGGACUACCAGGGCUGGGUGGACUUCGGACGCCGGGAUGCAGAAUGA